AGACUGGAAACGAAUUGUUGAGUUUCCAGAGAAUAAUCUUUGUCUUGUUGGUCACUGUCGCCGUUUGCUGUUAGAGUCCGCACCAACUGGGACACCUGGAGAAUCUCACGAGUCGUAUGAGCUAGUCUGGGAGGUGAGGGGAGGCAAGCGACGCUUGGUUGGUCCCUCAGCAAGAAGCUUCUGCAGAGUAAACACACCGAGCGAGUCGUUGUCAUGUUUCUCUAAAAAGCGCACGCGCGCUGUGGGCGUUUCUUUCUGCGCAUGCGCACUCGCAUCGUAAAAGGGGUGUGUGGGGCGGGCACUGACUUUCAAGCUGUUGCACAGAUCAAGCUAGUUCGACCGGGUCAGUGAUCAGCUCUCAAAGGAAAGAAUGGUCAUCCUACGAAAGGGAGACCAUGUCUGGCUGGACAACACGAAGGGUGGCGAAUUCGAGGUGCCAAUUGGGGCUGUCGUCAAGUUCUCUGAUGCCGGUGAGCUGCAGGUCGUUGAUGACGAAGAUGAAGAACAUUGGGUCUCUUCCAAGAACGCCUCCAAAAUCAGGAUCAUGCACCCCACCUCCGUCCAGGGAGUGGAGGACAUGAUUCACCUUGGAGACCUCCACGAGGCGGGAAUACUGCACAAUCUGCUCCUCAGAUACAAGCAGAAG